GACCUGGUAAUCACGUCGCUGGACCAGCCAAUCUCAUCUAGCACGACAUUGAUUCAUUCUUGCGGAGGUCGCUAGUCGUCCAUCUGGCCCCUGUUUGGUUGCAUACUGCUGGAGUCGACCGACACCGCAUCACCAAGAAGUCUCCGAGGCGACGAGGCAACACUUGAAUGUCCACCAUGCCCCAGCUACGCUCCAUGCCUCAGCUACGCUCCAACGGCCCGAUUCUUGUCACCGAAUCGUCACUGCCAUAUUGGCAAGUCAACGUCGAGCCCAGCGCGAGAACAGAAGAAUGCCCGGCAGCGCUGCUCAAUCUUGAUGAUAAAGACAUUGGCAUCCUGAGCACGCCGGAUGCCGAUUACCAAGCACAAUCGUGGGCCGAGGUGCGGCACCUGACGGCGACGAAUCACCUCGAGCACUUCCGUCGUGUGCCGUCUGAUUUACGCCGGUACAGGGUCUUCAUCUACGAUCUGAAGCAAGAACACGGCAGCGUGAUGAACUUUGUCCUGAAGUACAGGUUGGGCUGGCAGGCACCCAUCAUACCAAGAGGCAGACCAUUUGAGUAUGAAGAGGACCUUAAAGUGCUGCACAACGACUGGCCGUAUGGAAUUGACCCACGGAUUAAGCACUUGAUUGUGUGGACAAAGUUUGACUUGGAAGAGGAUCCAGAGACGGGCGACUUGAGCGAUGAGACGAGGAGAAAAGUCGACGGGUACGUGAACGAAGCGUUUCGCGCUCAUAUGCCAGAGGAUACGGUCAUUUGGUUCCGCAACUGGAGUAGUCUCAAAUCCAUCCAUGCAGUCGAGCAUUUUCACGUCAUGCUCUUUGACCCGCCGGAAGGCUUCAUCCAGCAAGUCACUGGUGGCGACAUCCCGUUGUCUGUUCUUGCGAGACAGCGAUAGGAAAGGAAAACGGUGUGGAUUAGAGCUCGUUGCAGCUGACCCUGUAUUCCACGCGAGAAGCCUGGGCCAUGGGGAUGGCAGUUGGCUUUUCGAGGCCGAUCUUUAGCUGCCAGCACUUUUCUGGAGCGGGGUUACACGCCGAUGAAGUUAGGUGCUUGAACAGCUGUGCGGCGAGAGUGGCGGCGAGAGCCUCAAGAGUCUCAAACGAGGACUCUUCCAUUGUCUGUAAGAUUGUUCAGUGUUGUAUCUACCUCAAAAAGGGCCAGGUAGAGGGGAGCUACCUUGACAAUGACGGCUUCAAUACCCGUGUAUACAUC